UCCAGGACAAGAGGUGCUGUGUCCAGGGCACCUCCCACUCUAGACAGCCUUGACGCUAUAAUAAGUAGCUAGGGUCUCAGUGCCUCCUUGACGCCCAGCUACCCUCCUGUGCUGGCCCCUGGAUCUCCUGCCUGGCUUCUGAGGUCCACUGUAUGAAGGCCAGAUCCAUGGACACCAUGACCUCGGAUGGAUGUAGCCCUUCCCUGUCGGCCAUAGGCUAGUCACGUAAGAUCCCUGAAAGUGUGGAUGAUGGGGGAGGACUCAGGCCUGGGCCAGCCCCUGAGGGCUGGGUUCUGGCUACAGACUCUCCACUCAUCAGUACAACCAUGUCCACUUCCAGAGUCCAAAGGUCCACGUGGCGGGCAGGUUGAGCUGUGCUAGACACAGCAGAGGGACCUCUGGUGGGUGGGCAGCAUGGGCUUUGAGGAGCUCCUGGACAAGGUGGGUGGCUUUGGUCCCUUCCAGCUACGGAAUCUGGCACUGCUGGCGCUGCCCCGAGUGGUGGUACCCAUGCAUUUUCUCUUGCCUAUCUUCAUGGCCUCCGUGCCUGACCACCACUGUGCCCUGCCCGGUGUCCCUGCCAACCUCACUCACCAGGACUUGUGGCUGGAGGCCCACCUACCCCGGGAGACUGAUGGCAGCUUUAGCUCCUGCCUCCGCUUUGAGCAUGCCCAGCCUCUCGCCAAUACCACCUUGGGGACAGAGGCACACGGCUCUGGGGAGUCUGAGGGUGAGCCCUCCACAGUGCCCUGCUCUCAGGGCUGGGAGUACGACCACUCAGAGUUCUCCUCCACCAUUGCAACUGAGUGGGAUCUGGUGUGUGAACAGAGAGGACUGAGCAAAGUUACAUCCACCUGCUUCUUCAUCGGCGUGCUGCUGGGGGCUGUGGUGUACGGAUACUUGUCCGACAGGUUUGGCCGGCGCCGGCUUCUGCUGGUGACCUACGUGAGCUCCCUGGUGCUGACCUUGGCAUCUGCGGCCUCAGUCAACUACAUCAUGUUUGUCCUCACCCGCACCCUCACCGGCGCGGCCCUGGCUGGGUUCACCAUCAUUGUGUUGCCGCUGGAGCUGGAGUGGCUGGACGUGGAGCACCGCAUCGUGGCUGGUGUCAUCAGCUCCAUCUUCUGGACGGGAGGUGUGCUGCUGCUGGCACUGGUGGGGUACCUGAUACGGAGCUGGCGGUGGCUUCUGCUGGCUGUCACCCUGCCAUGUGUCCCAGGCAUCAUCAGCAUCUGGUGGGUGCCUGAGUCUGCACGAUGGCUUCUAACCCAGGGCCGUGUGGAGGAGGCCCAAACAUACUUGUUCCGCUGUGCCGCGCUCAAUGGGAAGCCUGUGGGUGAGGACAGCCUGAGCCAGGAGGCCCUGAACAAAGUGGUCGCCAUGGAAGGGGGGCAGCAAAGACCCUCAUACCUCGACCUGUUCCGAACACCGCGGCUCCGACGUAUCUCACUGUGUUGUAUGGUGGUGUGGUUUGGAGUGAACUUUUCCUACUAUGGCCUGAGUCUGGACGUGUCCGGGCUGGGGCUGACCGUGUACCAGGUGCAGCUGAUGUUCGGGGCUGUGGAGCUGCCCGCCAAAAUCACAGUCUUCUUCCUUGUGCGUCACGUGGGACGCCGCCUCACGGAGGCUGGAAUGCUGCUGGGGGCCGCUCUGACCUUUGGCAUCAGCCUGCUGGUGUCCUCGGAGACCAAGUCCUGGAUCACGGCUCUGUUGGUGUUGGGGAAAGUGUUUUCUGAAGCUGCUUUCACUACAGCCUAUCUGUUCACGUCUGAGCUGUACCCUACUGUGCUCAGACAGACAGGAUUGGGGCUCACUGCACUCAUGGGCCGCCUAGGGGCCUCUCUGGCUCCGCUGGCGGCCUUGCUGGACGGAAUAUGGCUGAUGCUGCCCAAAUUUGCUUACGGGGGAAUCGCCCUGCUGGCUGCCUGCAUUGCGCUCCUGCUGCCCGAGACAAAGGCAGCCCAGCUGCCAGAGACCAUCCAGGAUGUGGAAAGAAAGAGCAUUCAGGAAGAAGAUACGCAGAUCCGGAACUGAGUGAGACUAGAGAUAGCCCUCCCCAGGAGCUCCACAGGAGCUUGGGACAGAAGGCAGGCUCUUGAAACUGGGACGUCACACCCCUGUGCCUAAGGACGGAGUUGCCACUGGCACCUUCUGUGUUCAUCCCGUCUCCAGUGACAAGAUAGCCUCCCAGAAUGCACUGGGCUACUGGAGAUUACGGGCACCCCUCAUGCCUGGGGAGUUCUGUAAAUAAAGGUGCCUCAUGGGUUGGGGCAGCAUUGAUUUGGGGAGAUCUCCAGAUGGGGAGCCAUUGACUUGCCACUGUUCAUCUCCCAAGUUGGAUAAUGAAACUUCCUCGAAGACAGGA